AACUGACAAUCGAAGGUUUCGGUAUUUCCUACAUCGGUCAUGGCGUUCCCUUACAGAAGUACCAGACAUCAAGAACUCUCCUGGAGGUCUGCGGAACAGAACCAAAUCUUGGCGCUGCUUCCACCUGAUGGAUGAGUCCCUGAGAGGUGGUCUGGUGGGGACCGCCAAGGUGGUAGAGCCGUCGGUGUUGGAUGACGACGAUGAUGCCGUGCCUCACUUCUCUUUCGCCAGCAUGGUGGCACUCACGCCUGAGCUGAACGUGACCGAGACAGGUAGAGUCGAAGGAGUCCCGGUGCCGCGAGACAUGUUCAGCUUAGGCACUGAGGUGUGCGGAGACGACAACAUUGGUAAAACCGAGUCCCACGAAGACGCUGGCCCUGAUCUUCAUUCUCGGAAUGGCGUCCUGUAUGCCUCCUUGCUGUCAGAGGGCAUUGUGGCACAGAGUGACAACAUGGCGGCAAUGUCCGCCCACAGCUGCCCCAAAGACGAGGAACGGCUGGAUCUGGAGAGAUGCUAUACAGACAUAGAGAGUGACCGCACCAAUGUGAAACGUGACCGCACCAAUGUACAACGUGACCGCACCAGUGUGAAACGUGACCGCACCAAUUUGAAACGGGAGCGCCUGGCACUGGAACGAGACCAAGCGAGAUUGAAAAGAGACCGCAUAUCCCUACGACGGGACCUGGCCGCCUUGGAACGAGAACAAGUUUGUCUGGAUCGAGAACUGGCAUUACUGGCCAGAGACGUAGCUUUUCUGGAAAGGGACAGAGCGCUUCUAGAGGAAACCGAGGCACUGCUGAGGUGUGGGGUGGAGCCUGAGCUGGUGCAGACCAGACUCUACCAGAACUUGUUGGCUAAGGAUGUGGACCCACACAGCAUACAGCAGCUGGUGUCUUUGUUCCAGAAGCUUUUGGAAAAAUGUUGAUUUUCCUGUGCUGACAUUCAUUACAACUAAUUAAAAGUUUACUGUUUGUUGUAUUUUCUCCCUGCUUUAAA